AUGAUGGUCGUGAAGCCUGCCACGUCAUCAAGGCAGGAUGAGGAGGCAGCAAGAGCAGGUCAACAGCAAGCAGCAAGCGUGCGUUCGAACCAGGAGCGGGCGGCAGAUGAGGUGCGUAUGGCAAGUCGGGCGGCAAGUCAGAUACGGGCGGCAAGUGAGGUGCAAGCGUUGUCCUUUGCGCCAAGAGCAGGAACGCCCAUGCAUGAGGCGGCGAGAGAGGAGGCUGUGAAGGCGACACAGUCGCGCUGUGGGAAGGGAGGGACGAGGAUUCCAGAGGAAGGACGAGAGGAGGUUGUGAAGGCAACGCAGUUGCGAGGUGGGAGGGGAGGGAGGGCGCGAGGUAGGGGGGUGACGCAGAGGGUUUUGGGGGAAGGACGAGAGGGGGGUGGAGGUGGAGGGAGGAGAGGGGCGGGGAGCGGCAUGGGUCGGAGCAGCAGCCGGGGUGGGAGGGCGGAGAGAGGGAGAGGACGAGGAGUGGAACGAGGAGGAGGGAGAGUAGCAGAGAGGGGGAGAGGGCGAGGUAGCAGGCGAGGGAGAGGGGUUGUGGGCGGUGGGGUGGGUCUUGUGCAGAAAAUAGACAAGAGAAAGGCUGUGAGACAAGCAGUUAGUGGUGUGAGGGGAGGGUAUGAGGCGGAAGCAGGGGAGGAGGAGGAGGCGUCAGAAACAGAGGGAGAGGAGGAGGAAGGAGAAGAAGACGAAGAGGAAGAAGAGGAGGGAGAGGAGGAAGAGACAGAGGAGGAGGCAGGGGACGAAGCAGAGGAGGACGAGGCGUUGUUGGAGUUUGCCCGGCAGAUCUGCAGCCUCUCCGUGCAGCAGGUGGGGUCGACCAGGAGCUAUCAGCAGGUGCAGCAGCAGGUGAAGUCGACCAAGAGUUAUCCUUUUAUGGUGACACAGGCUGAUGGGGAUGGGGCGACGAGGGGGAGGGGGGUGGGAGCAGCCGGGGAUGGGGGGGAGAAGAGGGGGAGGGGAGGGAGGACAGGUGGAGGUGUGGGGAAGAAGGCGAGGGGAGGGAGAGAGGGUGAGGGCGAUGAUUGGCUGUUGGAGGAGAUUGAAGGGCUGCUGGGAGGGCGAGAGGGGGGGGGGAGGCGGGCGAGAGAGAAGGGGGAUAAGGGGGAGGGGGAAACAGGGGGAGAAAGGGGAGAGAAAGGGGGAAGAAAGGCACGGGUGCGAGGGACAGAGGGCGGAGCAGUAGCAGGAGGAGAAAGGAAGGAGGAUAAGGGGCGGAGGGAGGUUAGAGAGCUCAGCGAGGAGAUUGCUUUUGAGUCGACUCAAAAGCGGAGGGAGGUUAGAGAGCUCAGCGAGGAGAUUGCUUUUGAGUCGACUCAAAAGCGGAGGGAGGUUAGAGAGCUCAGCGAGGAGAUUGAGGGGAGGAGAGUGAACGGAGGAAGAGGCCGAGAGCGUCUGACUGCUGCUGCUGCUGCUGCUGCGGAAGGAAGGGAAAGACGGGAUAGACGGGAAGGAGGGGAAAGGGGGGAAGGAGGGGAGGGGGGAGAAGGGGAAGAAGGGGGAGAAGGAGGGAGAGGAGGGGAAGGAGGGAGAGGAGGGGAAGGAGGGGAAGGAGAAUUGGAAGCAGUGGUGGUGGGAGGGUUUCAGUUGCCCCAGGCAGUGGUUACGGCUGGUUAUGGUGAUGGUGGUGGUGGUGAUGAGUGGAUGGGGGGUUGGGGUGAGGAUGAAGAGGGAAGAGAGUUGGGAGGAAUCGUGGCUAUGAGUGAUGCUGAUGUGGCAUUGCCGCAUGCUGAUAUGUCAUUGCCUCGUGCUGACGUGGCACAGCUGCGAGAGCUGCAGAAGCUUGCAGAGGCUCGGAGGCAGCUGGAACGGCAGCUGGGAGUUAUUGGAAGCUUCCUCCCACCUUCCUCCAGAAAGGUGGCAUCAGCAAUUGCGCCUCCUCCUGCUGCUGCUGAGUUGAGUCUAGUUCCUAUUGCUUCCACCCAUGCGUCUGCCUCUGCCUCUGUCUCUGCCUCUGCUGCUGAGUGGAGUCUAGUUCCCUUUGCUCCCACCCUUGCGCUUCCUGCUCCUGCUGCUGAGUCCAUCCAAGAGCCUUUCGGUUCUACCUUAGCCUCCCCUGCUGCUGCUGCUGCUGCUGCUCCUCCUGCUGCUGUUGCUCCUUUGGCUGCUGCUAUUGGGGAUGAGGCUGAUGCUGCCACCGGUGAUGGUGCAGCAGCAGAAGCAGGUAUGGCGGUUGAGGGGGAGAGGAGAGUGGCGGUUGAGGGGGAGAGGAGAGUGGCAGGAACGGCAGAUGGCACAGCGGCAGCAGUGGGGGCAGAGGUGGGGGUAGAGGGGGGGGCAGAGGAGGGAGCAGAGGAGGAGGCAGGGGAGAGAGAAGCAGUGAGAACUCCACCUGUACAAGCUUUAGUAAUCUCGGGAGAAACGUUGGUGGUAACCGCAGCAGAAGAUUCGGUGGUAACACCAGUGGUAGCAGGGGCGACAGCACUGGAAGCACCGCCACCAGCAGCGCCAGAGGGAGCACUGCCUGAACAAGCUAUGGUAGUAUCAGGAGAAGCGCUCGUGGUAACCGCAGCUGAAGGGUCUGUGAUAACUCCUGGAAAAGUUUCGGUAACGGCAGGGAUGACAGCACCAGUGGAAGAGCAGUUACCAGCAGCGCCAGAGGGAGCACUGCCUGAACAAGCUAUGGUAGUAUCAGGUGAAGUGCUCGUGGUAACCCAUGCAGACGAUACGGUGAUAACCCCAGUAGCAGGAACAGCAGCACCAGUGGAAGCACAGCCACGAGCAGUGCCAAUGGGAGUAGCGCCUGAACAGCUGCCUGAACAAGCUAUGGUAAUAUCAGGAGAAGCGCUGGUGGUAACCGCUGCAGACGAUUCGGUGGUAACACCAGUGGUAGCAGGGACGACAGCACUAGUGGAAGUGCCGGCAACGGCAGUGCCGGUGGGAGCACCACCUGAGCAAGCUCGUGCUCGUGCCAGCGAUAGUGCUAUGGUACUAUCAGGAGAAGCGCUCAUGGUAACCGCAGUAGCAGGGACAACAGCGCCGGUGGAAGUGCAGUUACCAGCAGCGCCAGUGGGAGUAGCGCCUGAGCAAGCUGUAAUACUAGCAGGAGAAGCGCUCGUGGUAACCGCAGGUGAAGGGUCUGUGGUGGUUCCGGCAGAAGAGUUGGUGGUAACCCCAGCUGAAGGGUCAGUGGUAGUUCCAGAAGACGAGGUGGUGGUAACCCCAGGAGAGGUGAUGGUGGUAACUGCAGCACAGGAAGGAGGAGCAGCAGCAGCAGGAGCAGGGGAUGCUGUAUCAGUGCGGGGGGCGUUAGUGGCAACCCCAGGUGAAGGAUUGAUGGUAACCCCAGCAGCACAAGGGGCAGGAGUUGCAGAAGUGGGUGGGGAAGCCGCAUCAGGGGCGAUAGUGCCAGUCCCAGCUGAUGGGAUGGUGGUAACCCCAGCUGAAGGGUCAGUGGUAGUUCCAGAAGAAGAGGUGGUGGUAACCCCAGCUGAAGGGGGAGCAGCUGCAGAAGUAGGUGGGGAAGCCGCAUCAGAGGGGAUACCACUGCUGCUGUGUGCACCACCUGGAGGAGAAGUUCCCAGUCAGGUGGAUGGUCAGGAGGCACCAGAUGUUCAGGAGAAAGGCCAGGAGAAAACAACAGAAGCUGGCCUGGGUGAACAGAGUGAUGGCGCAGCUGGAGGUUAUGGGACAGGUGGUUCUCAUAGUUCCGAGCCUACUUCCGAACCUCCUGCGGUCGCCGAACCUGCUACUGGUGAUGAAGCUCUGGCUGCGGCCACCGAACCUCCUGGCUUUCCUGCUGCAACUGCUUCCGAACCUCCUGCCGAUCCUUCCUUUCUCUCCUCUGCUGACGUGGCAGCAGUUAGAAUCGCUCUGCAGGCUAACCGUCGGUGCCAGCUGGCACUUCACGAUUUGCUAGCGGCCGUGGAGGCUCGGGAGGGACAGGCUCGGGAGCUGCUUCGGCGCGUCAGAACCGUGGCUGGGUUCGAGACUCGGGCGAGGAAAGCUGCUAGAAGAGUGAUCGGAGGCUUGGGGGGAGGGGCAGGGUUGGGGAUAAGAGACGAAGCAGGAGCAGGAGGAGGAGCAGCAGCAGCAGGAGCAGCAGCAGUAGGAGCAGCAGGAGGGGGAGCAGGAGGAGCAGGAGGAGGAGGAGCAGGAGUAUGGGGUACGGCAGGGGGAGGGGGAGGCGAGGGGGGGGGUCGCAUCUACGGGGGGCAUGCAGCCGAGAUGCUUCUAGUGAACUGGGCCAAGCCGAGACAGAAGCGCGGGAGAAAACACAAGUACUCUUCUCUUGGAUUCGACCCGGAUCCCCAUGAUCGCAGCAACCUGGAAGCUUCCUCAAGGGAUAUGCCUGUGAAUGAGGACCAAGGGGUCUUUGAGCGGUUGAGAGGGGUGAUGCCGCUGGUGUUUCGCGGGAGGAAGUGGGGGAAGGGCGAGGUGGGCGCGUUGAGGGAGGGGGUGGAGCAGCAGGUGGUGCAGGGGAUGAUUGAGGAGGCCGUGAAAGAACGACCGGAAAUUACCCUGGAUAGGUCUCUACUCCAGCGCACCAUAGCAGAGAUCAAAUCGCGCCAGCUCGCACCAGAGGCCAUGCGUGCUGCCGUGGCACGAGUUGAUUGGUCGACAGUAGCAGCUGCGUUUGUGAAUCCGGCCAAUAGGAGCCUUGGAAGGGGGUUGCACGUCAGGCGUACUGCACUCGAGUGCAAAUUGAGGUGGUUGAAUGUGGACGACCCGAGCAUAACGUGGGGCGAGUGGAGCGAGAGGGAGGAGGAGAUUCUGAAGGAGGUGGCGGAGAGUAGAGGGCUGUGUGGGUGGGAGGGGAUUGCAGAGGAGGUAAACCGGAGAGUGAGGGAGGAGGAGGAGGGAGAGGACGUGGACUGGGAGGAGGGAGGAGAGGGUGUGGGAAGGGAGAAUGAUGGGGAGAGAAGGGCGGGUGGACAAGGGGUAGGAAGGCAGAGAGGAGGGGGAGGAGGAGGGAGAGGAGGAGGGGAAGGGAAGGGGAGUGAGAAGGGGGAAAAGAGGAGGAGGAGGACGGCGCUACAGUGUCUGAUGGGGUACCAGAAGUGGUGGAACCCCCACGUGGCGCGACGCCAUUGGUCGGCAGAAGAGGACAGACAGCUGGCGGCGGCAGUGAGGCGGCACGGGGAGGUGAACUGGGCGGCAGUGGCGCUGGCGGUGGAAGGGCGGAGCGGCAGAGAGUGCUUGCAGCGCUGGCAGCAUCAUCUGCGCCACGUCAGCAGAGCAGCGUGGACCCCCGAGGAGAACGACAGGCUGCGAUUGGCUGUGGGAGUCUUCGGCACGCCCCAUUGGAGGAGAAUCGCAGCCCUGGUGCCGAACCGCACCGAGGUGCAGGUUCGGGAGCGCUGGUGCAACGUGCUCGACCCGAACCUGAGGUUCGGGCCGUGGUCUGGCGAGGAGGUUCGGCGGCUGGAGGAGGCUGUGGAGAGGCAGUGGCUCAAGAUGCAUCGAAAAGGAGAGAGGCAGAAGAGAGGGAGGCUAGGAGAUGCAGCAGAGGAGGCAGAUGGAUCGCUGCAUGGUGUGGCGGCAACAGGGGGAGCCACACCAGCAAGUGCAGUCACACCAGCACAUGCAGCAACGGCACCGCCACAUUUAGUCCCCACGCCACCACCAAAUGCAGCAGAGGAGGCAGAUGGAGUGCUGAGUGGUGUGGCGGCAACAGGGGGAGUCACGCCUGCACAUGCAAUAGCAUCUCCUCAUGCAGUCACAGCAUCAAUUGCAGGAACGGCACCACCGGAUAUAGUCACACCACCACCGCAUAUAGUCACACCACCAGCGAAUAUAUUCACACCACCAUCAAAUAUAAAUGCAGGAGCAAGUGGUAGUAUUGGUGGUGCUUCUGCUGCUGUUACUGCUGGUGGCAGUGCAGGUGCAGAAGGAAUUGACGGAUUGCUGUUACCAGCACCAACGCAGGUCGCAGCAACCGUGUCAGGAGCACCAACAGCACCAACAGCACCACCACCAGUACCCACAGCACUACAGUCAGCACCCACAACGCCACUUUCAGCACCAGUAGCAAGAACAGCGCCGCCGAUUGCAUCGGGUGCUUCUCCUGCAGCUUCUGCUGCCCCCGCUCCUGCCAGUUUACCUGCUUCUCCUACGAACCCUGCCCCUGCUCCUGCUGCUCCGUCCCUCUCUGCUACCCUUACUAAUCCCCUCCCUGCUCCUUAUUCCCCUGCUCGCUCUGACCCUCCCCCUGCUCCUGCCCCCUUUGCUUCUGCUGCUCCUCCUGCUCCCCCUGCUCCCCCUGCUCCCCUUGCUACUGCUCCCCCUGCUCCUGGCCCCCCUGCUCCAAACCCCCCUGCUCCUUCCCCCCCUGCUCCAACCCCCCCUGCUACUGCUGCGUCUCUCCCGUCCCCCUCUUCCCCACCUCCCCCUCCUCCCCCUCCUCUCCCUCCUCCCCCUCGCCGUCGAUUCCUGAGAGCACCGGGGGAUUCCAGGGGGAGGGGGAAGAAGACACCUGCUGCUACCCCCUCGUCCCUCCACCCCCCUUCAUCCCGUCCUCUUCUCUUCAACCCCUCUCUCCCUCCUCCUUUUCCCCCGCCACCGUUCCUCUUCCCCCCUUCUUUUCCACACCAACCGCACUUCAUACGACCUCCCUUGCUACACCCUUCCGUGUUACAUCCCUCGCUGUUACAUCCGCCACAACGGUUACCACCUCCCUUUCUUCCCAUUGGCUGGAGCAUUGUAGACCGGCCCUGGACCGAUCAGGUUCGGGCAGCAGCACGCAGGAGGCUCGUGCGCCGGACCAAGCAGGCUCGGACCGAGGCUCAGGCUCGGAAUCUUCAGCAGAUGGUGCGGUUGCAUUGGAUUCGUGGGGGAGGGUUGCCAGUUGGGUAUGGAGGAGAGAAUGGGGGAGAAGGAGGGAGUGAGGGAGGAAUAGGAGGGAGAGGAGGACUGGGAGUUGGGGAAGGUGUGAGGGAGGGAGGUGUGAGGGAGGGAGGAGAUGUGAGUGAGGGAGAAGGUGAGAGGGAGGGAGAAGGUGUGAUGGAGAAUGAAGGUGUGAAUGGGGAAGAGGGCGUGAGAGGUGAGGGAGAGGACGUGAGUAGGAGAGAAGGAGUGAAAAGGGGAGAAGGCGUGAAAGGGGGGAAAAGAAAGGGAGGCAGGCAAGCGAGAAGGGGAGGAGUGGGAAGAAGUAUUGACAGGGAAGGGCAAGAGUCACAUGUGAGGAGCCUAAAACGGGGAGUUUUUGAGAAAUCUCAAACACUCCCUGCAGCGGGCAGAGAAAGUGAGAGGGAAGGGCAAGAGUCACCCGUGAGGAGCCUCAAACGGGGAAGAAAGAAGCGAGGAGAAGAUGUGGAGGGGCAAGAGACUCUUUUAAGACCUCGUGGUGGUGGUGUCGAGAGGCCCAAAAGGGGAAGAAAGAGAAGCAGUCGUGGUGUGGUGGGGCAAGAGGAGGGAUCAGUGGCAGGUGGUGCGGAGGAGGAGGGAAUAAAUGUGUCACAGAGGCUAUUGAACCGGUGGGAAGGAGGGGAGGAGCAAGAGGAGAGAGGGAGACAGGAAGGAGGGGAGGAGCAAGAGGAGAGAGGGAGACAGGAAGGAGGGGAGGAGCAAGAGGAGAGAGGAGAGGAUGAAGAGGGCAGGAGUGGGCUGGGAGAUCUGAAUGGGGGAUUCAGGGGUGGAGGAGGAGGAGGAGGAGGAGGAGGAGGAGGAGGAGGAGGAGGAGGAGGAGGAGGAGGAGGAGGAGGAGGAGGAGGAGGAGGAGGAGGAGGAGGAGGAGGAGGAGGAGGAGGAGGAGCGGAGCGAAGGCAGGAGGGAGAAGAGCAAGGGGGGCAGGGAAUUGAAGUGAGAGUGGAGGAGGUUGGUGGAAGAGGAGGAGGCCGAGCAGACGAAAACUUUCGUGGGGAGAUACUGGUCCAAGGCUCCGAACGGCACGGCCUUCAUCCUGGUUAUGAGUCGUCUCAAAUCUCUGACCUAGAGGCUAGGGUUCAAACCGGGUCGGAGGCUGGGAACGGGGCAAUUCAAAGCUUGAACCCAGAAGCUAGGGUUGAGAACGGGCCAGAGGCAAGGAACAGGACUUUUCAAAGCUCUGUCCUGGAGGCUGUGGGUAGAGAUGGAAGGGGGGAUGAGAAUGGUCCAGGUGCUGGGAAUCGGAAUGGGCCAGAGGCUAGGGUUGAGAACGGGCCAGAGGCAAGGAACAGGACUUUUCAAAGCUCUGUCCUGGAGGCUGUGGGUAGAGAUGGAAGGGGGGAUGAGAAUGGUCCAGGUGCUGGGAAUCGGAAUGGGCCAGAGGCUAGGGUUGAGAACGGGUCAGAGGCAAGGAAUGGGGCGUUUCAAAGCUCCAGUCCGGAGGCGGUUUCUUGUGUGGCUGGAGAUGGAAGGGGGGAUGAGAAUGGGCCGGAGAUUAGGGACGGAAAUAGACCAGAGGUUAGAAUUGGGACUGGGCCAGAGGCUAGGAAUGCAAUGUUACAUGGAGCUCAGGCCUGGGUGAGGAAGGCUCGGAGCAGUAAACCGGUGCGCCGAUCUAGGUUUGGUAGAGGAGGCUUGGGAGUGGCUGGGGGAUGGAGAGGGUCGCAUGAAAAUGGUUUGGAUGGCUCUGAUAUAGCCAAUUGUGCGGUUGGGUGCGGUGCAGAUGGUGCCAGCAGCGGUGAUGCUGGUGCUGUUGCUGUUGCUGGAUCUUCUGCAGUAGCCGAUGCAUCACUUGUAUUGAAACGGCCGAGAAAGAGGCGGGCAGACCGGCAAGAAAAUAUCUCCAUGGGUUCGAGAAAGAGACGUGCAGCCAGAGAUGAAAAUGUUUCAAAACACCAGGAAAAGUCGAGUGGGGCAGCAGAACGGGCAUCUGAAGAGAAUGGACAGUCCAGGAAGAGGGCGCUUGAGUCUGAGAGAGGUGGAAAGAGAGGGAGAGCUAGAGGGGGAGAGAGAGGGGGGAGGAGGGGAGGGAUGGUGGGAGAAAGUGACGGGGUUUGCAUGGAGGGUGGUGCUAGGGAAGGGGAGGAGGCAGGAGAGGAAAUGAGAGGAGCAGAGGAGCUUGGGGAGGGAAUGGGAGGGAAGCGAAGAGGUGGAAAGGGAGGAGGGAAGGAGGGGAAUGCAAGGGGGAGAGGAAGCGGAGGACGGGGACGGGGAAAUGACGGGAGAGGGAGGGGUGGAGGGAGAGGGAAGGGGAGGCAACCGGUGGAAAAUUCUGGUGGUGGGGUGGGUGAUGGGUAA